AUGGCUUUAAAAGAAGAAGCAAAUGAGAGUAUGGAUACUUCUGAGUUAGAUCAUUCAUCACGACCAACAGAACCAGUAACCGAUAAAGGAGACUAUGAAGCACUUUGUGAGGAUGUUAAUAUUAUUGCCAAACCACUUGCCACUAGAAAAGUAGCUAAGAAAGUUUACAAACUUAUCAAGAAAGCAUCGAAAGAAAAAAAAUGUUUGGAAAAAGGACUUAAUGACGUACAACGUGCUAUGAAGAAAGGUGAAAAAGGAAUAGUUGUUCUUGCUGGAGAUGUUUCCCCUAUUGAUGUUUACUCCCACCUCCCAACUUAUUGCGAAGAACUCGGUCUACCUUAUGUAUUUACUCCUGCCCGUUCACACCUUGGUCUUGCAGCUGGAGUUGCCAGAUCCGUCAUUGUUAUUUUAAUUAAACCAAAUGAAGCUUAUCAAGAUGCCUUCGAUGAGUUAUCAGAAACAAUUAAAUGUAUGGUCAUAGAAUAA